AUGUGGCUCAGCGUUGUUAUGUUCAUGAUGCUGACUGGCACCGCGACGGAACGCACAAUUGGUGAUUAUUUGGAAGGAGGAGGUGGAAGCGUGAUGGAUCGAAGCCAAAGCGUGAACAUAAGAGUGCCUGCCGGUCACUUUGUGAGCAUCCAACAACCAUCGUGCUAUCCAAACUGUCAACGAUCGUUCAUGGUGGUAAAUCCUCCAUGCUCCCCCAACUGUGCGCAGGUACCAGUUUUGGUGCCGAGUGUUAACGCUGAACACAGCGCCGUUAUUGCCAUCAGCGGCUAA